UAUAUACCAAAGAAGACGGAACGGAACCUCUCUCCCUCCCUCUCUCUCUCUGCAGAAAAGACUUGUAGAGAGAGAAGACAUGGCGGGCGUAGGCAUAGCAGAUACUACGGCAAGUACAACAGAUCAUCACCAUCCCACCACCUCCAUCACAUGCCAAACCCUCCCCCACCUCCUCUCCUCCUUCGUCGACACCUUCGUCGACUUCUCCGUCAGCGGCGGCCUCUUCUUACCCCCCAACCCCCUUAACCCUAUCAAUAACCCUAAUAACCCUAACCCACCUCCAUUACAAACCACAUACCCCUCCCCAAACCGCCUUGUCGCAAUCGGGGACCUCCACGGCGACCUCCACAAGUCCAGACAAGCCCUGACCCUCGCCGGCCUCAUCGACGCGUCGGGCCGGUGGACUGGCGGCGCGGCGACGCUGGUCCAGGUCGGAGACGUGCUCGAUCGAGGCGGGGAGGAGCUGAAGAUACUUUACUUUCUGGAGAAGCUGAGGAGGGAGGCGGUAAAGUGUGGGGGAAGAGUGGUGACGAUGAAUGGGAAUCACGAGAUCAUGAACAUAGAUGGGGAUUUCAGAUACGUUACUCAGGCAGGUCUCGAUGAAUUUAAGGUCUGGGCUGAUUGGUACUGUAUAGGCAAUUCAAUGAAGAGUCUCUGUAAUGGGUUGGAGAAACCAAAGGAUCCGUUUCGUGGACUGCCUUCAGUUUUCCCUAAUGUUAAAAGUGAAAUCACUGAUGGAAUCAGGGCUAGAAUUGCUGCAUUGAGACCAGAAGGCCCGAUUUCAAGUCGAUUUCUGGCAAACAAUUUGACUGUUGCUGUUGUUGGCGAGUCUGUGUUUGUUCACGGAGGGCUGUUACCAAAUCAUGUCACUUACGGUUUGGAUCGAAUUAAUGAGGAAGUGAGGAAUUGGAUCAGUGGAAUGAAACAAGGAGUUGUUCCUUCUGGUUUAAUCCGUGGGAGUAAUUCUGUUGUUUGGUUAAGGAGGUUCUCAAAUGAAUUGGCGAAAAAUUGCGAUUGUUCUAUGCUUGAACAUGUCCUCAGGACAAUUCCUGGUGCGAAGAGGAUGAUCAUGGGUCAUACGAUUCAAGAGAGUGGAAUUAACGGGGUUUGUAAAAAUCGGGCGAUUCGGAUAGAUGUGGGUAUGUCAAAGGGAUGUGUUGACGGAUUGCCAGAAGUUUUAGAAAUAAUAGGGAAUUCGGAUUUGAGGGUCUUGACAUCAAAUCCUUUAUAUCUGAACAGAUAUCAAAGCUCAGUCGAAUCCAAUCAAAAGGAAGGUAUUGGCUUGUUGAUACCUGAACAUGGCCCCAGACCAGUAGAGGUUCAGGCUUAGUUAUUGGCAUUGUAUUUGAACGCCAGAAUUCCAGUUUCCGUUGGAAUCUCUUGGGAAAGUACAUUAUUUUCCUUCAUAGGAAGGAAUCGCUACUGUGAUUACUGGGUUAGUUCCAAAAAUGUAAUCAUCAUUUCUUAUUUUCUUGUAUCCAGUUAGUGAUUUGAGAAAUGUGAUUAAUAGAAAAGACUAUUCUGGCA